AUGGCCUCCGGUCAGGCUCCUCCAAAAAUUGUGAAUUCUGGAGCGCAGCCUUCCAUAGUUCCCUUUGAGCACCAGGGCAAAACUAAGGCAGCACUUGGUGAUCCUCAUUCAAGAAGCGGCCCAGCGAAAAAACUUUCCGGUGCCGCUGAUGAGUUUGUAUGGGACGGUUGGCCAGAUGGUGACUUCGAGCACCAUUUUUCUUGGGAGGAGCUAAAGCAGACAAACAAUCUCAUGGUCCAUUGGUCAUGCCACGCGGCCGGCGCAAAUGACCACCACAAGCGCAGUGAUUGUGCUAAGAACUGGGAGGACGGUGCCUUACUCAUACGCUACUGUCGUGGUAUGAUCCGUUGCGAUCACACUGAAUGUCAGAUCAUCAUCCGCCCUCAAACUCGCAGGCUGAAGAUCCAGGAGCAAUGCCAACAUCCAUGUCGUUGUGGUGGGAAACUGACUUGGUUUGAGUGCAAUGUUGUUUCGAAGAUUUGGACUUACGACGGCGGCAAGUACUUCCAAAAUAUUGGCAAACACGAUCAUGCCCGGCUCACCCACAAGCUGCAUCUGUUACCAAAUGAACGGGCUGAAUUUGAAGCCAUAGUGCGAACCAAUCCCAAGGCAGGCCCGUUAGCUCUUCUUGUCGGAGCACCCGGGAUCGAAGGACCAGGCCGGUCAGUUGCUGAUAUCACCUCGGUACUUGCCAACAAGGAUCGCAUCAGCAAGGAGCGACAGCACAUCACUUCCGGACCUGGAGGUGGUAGUGCAGAAACAUUCCUGCAGGAUUUCGCCACACUUGAGGAGGAGUAUCCCAACUUCAUCCUCUAUUCCCAGAUCGGUGCAGUUACUGUGAUCGUGAUGCAAUCACCAUUCAUGCGCUCUCAGCUGAUUAAAGAGUUCAUUCAAACUGAGGCCAUCAAUGGCCUCGUCACCGAUGCUGCACAUGGAUUCUGGAGAAACAAAAAUGCGCUCUUGAUGGUUAGCUCCGUCUUCACAAAGGACCUGCUAUGUUGGAUACCAGUGUUAUUCACCUACUCCAAUGGUGCAUCAGCCAAGCAUUACGAGAGCCAUUUCUUUGCAUUGUAUGAGAGCAUCGGGCAAGAAGCUGAAGAAAGGGGAAUACUUGUUGUCGACGAGCUCUUCCUAGAUGUCGUUGACUUCAGCGAGGCACAGAGACAAGGCAAAACACAAGCUUUCAUUAGGUUCUGGCAACUGCGACAAGACAAUACCCGCUCUGAGGAUGAGCUGCGCGAGGCCGCGUCAGCCAUUGUGAAGGGCUGCCGCGAGCACUUCCAGCGUGGGGUGACUCGGCUGACCAGAAUCUCGGCUGUUAUCCCAUUUGGUAGGGCAACAGCCUUCGAGUUUCGCGUGCAGGGGUUGUUUGAUGCCGAAGAUCUGGCGACCUUUGGGGAAAGGGCUGCCCUUAUAAUCAAGGAGUUUCCGAAGACAGAACCCUGGCUAUCGUGGUGGAUAAGCGAGACGCAUGCGCCAUUAUUAUUUCCAGCUCACCGUAAGAUGAAGCCGGAUCUAUGGGAAUCUAUCCCGGACACAACAAACGCUGAAGAGUCCAUGCAUUGGAAGCUCUACGCAGCAACUGGCCGUGAUCACGUACUUCUAGAGGGGAUCAGAUCAUUAUAUGCUUUCUCUGACCAUUAUCAAAGGCUGGCGACUGCGAAUCUUAGUACGUAUCCUUGUGGGGUGCCAAUACGUUAUGGAAGCGCAGAACCAUGGAAACUUGUUGCGAGCAGGAUUGGUCGAACUAAACCAACCAGGGCUCCAGAGGCUUACGAACGUCGCCGGUAUAAGAAUGAUGGGCGCCCUCCUGACACUGCAAAAGAACUUGCUGAGACGCGGAGCAAGAGCCGCAAGUUGCAGAAGUCCCAGAUUCGGAGUGAUGAGAAGAAAGCUGAAACUCUGGAGCGAAACAUUUACCAAAGUUAUCCAUGGUCAAAUAAUUCAUGCUGGCUUGACACCGCAUUGGAGCUUCUCUUCAAUGUGGUGGCCGCUUCAAAUCACCCACGCAUCAAAGACCGCCGCACUUGGCUCACAGAGCAACGCGACAGUUACCGGACUCGGUUGAAGCAUUAUCGUUGUAUUUCUGCGGAGGACGAUCUCAAGUCUCUAUUCGGAUGGUUGAGUACUGUUCUCCAACGGGAAUGGGAUAAAGAGGGCUGCAUUUACAGUGCCACUUAUUUCCAUGGCUACCGGGUGAAACUACGAAUUUGUACGACCAUCAAGGCCACAGAACCAUCAUAUAAGCACUAUCAAAUAACCUCUGAGCCACAGAAGACCUUUGAAUAUCGUCUGAACUCACAAGAUCAUCAAACCUACCAUGGCAAAGUCCAAAGCUGGUUCCGGCAGAUGACCUCAAUGAAUCCACCUCCUCACACCCUUGCUCAAUGCUUCAAGACGAAGGACGGGGUCUGCCUUUGCCAAGGCGAUGCUUGUGACAUAACACUGAACAUUAUGCUUCCAGUAUGCCUCAUUAUCUGGGUCGAGGAUGAUGAUUUGAAUGUAUGGGAUUUUCCUAUCACGCUCCGGCCACUCACCAAGGAGGCAGCCGCUGAUGGGGUGGUAUAUGACAUGGUUGGGCGCGGACUUCACAGUGCCGAACAGCAGCACUUCAUUACCCGCUUCCGAACCCCGCAGGGCAAGAUCUACACAUAUGACGGUCAAUUAGCUGACGGUGUUGCGACUGCGCACACUGCCAAGCUGAAAGAUCUUCUCAGUGGUCCUGAAGUUGUGUUACCGUCUGGCUACAAGACCAAUGUUGUCAUUUACCACCUACGAGGAGGGACGGGAGCACAACGUACCCUGUAUGCCCAUCAGAUUGCAGCCGCAAAGCGCCUUCAUCAGAUAGUCUUUACUGACGAAGAACUUGGGCUGGCGACGACGGUUGGGCUCGAUCUCGAAGGAUAUGAGCAAAUGCCAGGCAUCAAGCGAACCUGGAUGGUGAACCCAUACUCCAAGAAAGUUGCUGACUACAGGCCGACAGCGUUCUCAGAAACACCCAGUGAAAAAGGCCCAGAGAAGCAUUUACCGGAGCCACCUAUCUUCUCAUCUCCGCUCAAGGCAAAGACACCCAUAGCUCGGAGACGCGCAAAGAAGAGGAGGGCACCAAGUACAAGUCCUGAAAGUGAUCACCGACUUUCGGGACCGCCAUUCUACUGUCGCUGUGGUCUCCGGGGUAACUGGAAUGAACUGGCUAUUGCUGAGCCUACCAUUGAAUGCCAUAUGUGCGAGAGGUGGUCACAUAUUGCGUGCCAAAAAGGAGGGCGUGCUAGCCGCUUGACGCCAUCCCAGAAGUUCACCUGUGAUGACUGCAUGCUUCCCCACUUAUUGCGCCAAAAUAUGAUUCCUAAACCCAGGAGAAAGCGGAGAGUGUAUAACAGCCCAGGCAAAGGAGCACUUGUUCGUCACGGUGAUACUUACUGGUAUCCCGUGCGACUGAUUGCCUCGAGGCGAAGGGAUAAUGUUACCGAAUGGCAAGUGAAAUGGUGGAGAGGCUGCGUGUUCGCUGAUGAUAGUGCUGUGGGGUGCUGGGUGCCCGCUGAGCGCGUGGUCGAUGAGCUGUGGCAAAACAGAGAAGAAAGACGCAAGAUACGUCUUGGACGUUGGCAGAUGGCAUGUCAAGUGCCGGGGAUCGAAGAUCAGUUACUGGACUUCGAUGGUCACGUACCAACUGCAGAGAUAAAGACUGUGUUGACCCCACAUCAGGAGCUGCUGACACGCCUCACAUAUCAGCCGGAAGACGUUACCGAAUACAUACCUGCUCUGGAAGACAUACUCUCCAACGACCAUGGGCCUGAAUCCCUGAGAAGUGGUACAGUGCCUCAUACCGGGGAGCUUAGCCUGGUCGAGCGGGCUCAGGUCGGGAGCUGGUUCAUACAUAAUAUAACAGAUGCACGAGCCAAACAGAGCCUAUGGGUUGGCCGUGCGGCAUAUGCCCAUGCCGUGACUUUGCUUCUAGCUAAUCGCCACAAAGAGCAAAUACUUCAGGAGAGCAAGUACCCUCAUAAUGGCACCCGCGCUGAACAGGAUGCUUUCAUCCUGGAGAAAGCAUACGAACAUCAAAAGGGAUCUGUGGGCGAUGAGUAUCUCUCUGCUGAUACUGAUGUCGACCAGGAAUGCUUGCUGUCGUUCGAGGAGCGCCUCUUCGAGAACUCCGCAGCCGCAGGGGUGGCGGGUAAUCAUCAGUGGGGUCUCGACGCCGGACCGCAUCAAGACAACUGGAACCCGUAUCAGUACAUUCCAAGCUGGUGGAACUAUGAGGACCGUGACGAGAGAGAAUCCGAACUCGAGGUGAGUGCUCAUCCAUUUAGAGGCGAAAUUUGGCCUCAGUCGUUGACAUUCCAUGUUUUGUAA